GCACACGUGGUAUGGUUAUUAAAAGAGUCCAAUCAUGAUGUAAUUGCAUAGUUUUUUGUUCAGCGUGUCCCAAACUCUGAGCCUCAUUUGUUUUUAAGGUGUUCCAUUGGCCAACGCUAGGAGCUGUCCGUGGUUCUGAAUGCACGGCGGCGGCGCUGCCCUGAAGAGGAGGCUCCCAGCACAGAGCACAGAGCGGGGCAGCAGCAGCUCUACAGUCUCCAGCCUUCAGUCUGUGGAGUCGGUACAGUCACUAGCCUGUAGUCGUGGUGGCGGACCGAAACUAAAAGCCCCCCGUCUCUGUCAAUGAGUAAAUUCAGACAGCAAGCCCGGGCUGAAGUGACCGAGAGGAGCGCUCAGUGUGUGUGGUCGGUGUUCGGCGGAGCUCUCAGCGUUUCAGUCCGUCACAGGAAAAGUGUUGAUCCCAAGGACGUUCACUACUAAAAGCUUUGAGAAGAGCAAAACGAGAGAGAACGUGAUGACUGCGAUGAGAGAUUAUUUUCCUCUCCUGCUUGUUCUGGUGGCGGUGGUGACGGACAUGGGCGCUAAAGACUGAAUUCCUGAUGAACUAGAGAGCUGAAAAGACAAAGUGAGUCAUGCUGAAGGAGAGGAAACACAAGCCACCAUCAGGAAAACAGGCCAGACAGCCUCCUGGCACAGAGCAUCACUUGUCUUCUCUCUGAGCUGCAGAUCAAUGCAUCUGCACUGAUAUGGGCUGGAGCUGCCUAUUGAUCCACUCCACCUCGUCUUUGUCCUCGGUCAUUAUGGAGAUGAGACAGUGACCUUUUCCAGAGGUGUCAGAGUGGAAAGGAGACUGUUUAACAGCUCUCAGGAGAAUAAGGCCUGCAGGCACUGAGAUUCUGCCUCAUAGCACCAAGACAGCCAACACCAACCAGCAGGCCUCUGGAGGAUCAGAGGAUGGUCUGUCUGUCACCCUGGGGCGCCCUGCGGAGAGCAGGGCCAGCCUGUACCCCACUACCCAGGACAUGGGUAGGAGGCCCCCCGUGGUUACCACCAUCCCACCUCUCAACGUCCCGAACCACCACCCACUCUACAGGAAUGCCCCCCAGCACCAGGCCCCGCUCGGCCCUCACGGUCGCCCCUACUACUUCGAGGACAGCGGAGGAUCCAGCUCUCAGCCUACCUUCUCCGCCCCCCCAUCCAGGACUCCACUGGAUGACGGUGGUGAAAGGGCUUCAGAUGAGAGCGCUGAAAGUUCCAACAUGCAAACAACCCUUGUCAUGCACACAUUAGCAGCCACUUCUCACUCCAACACCCCCGUUAAAACCACCAGCACAGUUUUAAAAGAUCCAGAACACACUGCCAUCAUCCCCUCUGCUGCUACUGCUGCGGGGAAGAAAGAUGUAGUGAGGCCAGAUCAGCCUGGACUCAAGCAUAAUGAUGAAGAGGAGAUGACUACCACCACCAUCACAACUACCACUGUCAUCACCACCGUGCAGAGUCCAGUCCCCUGUCAGCUGAACCUAACCGGGCCAGAAGGUUAUAUAGAGGCUCCACCACAGUCCAGCUCUGCUUUCCACUCCACUGUGGACUGCAGCUACAUCAUCACUGUCUACAUGGGCUAUGGAGUGGAGGUCCAGGUGAUGAAUGUGAAUUUAUCUGAGGGAGACAAGGUGGUGUUCGAAGAUGUGGGACAUGGGGAGAACGCCAUGCUGGCCAACGAGUCUAUUCUGAUGAGGGGGUUGGUAGUGCGAAGCCACAGCAACCAGAUCUCCAUCCGCUUCCACAGCCAGAGGUCUCAGGCUGGAUCAGUCCUGCUGCGAUACCAAGCCUUUGUGCUGAGCUGUGUCUUUCCCCAGCGCCCUCUCUACGGCGAUGUAUCAGUGAGCAGUCUCCACUCUGGGGGGGAGGCUUUCUUCUCCUGUCUGACAGGCUACCAGCUGCAGGGCCCUAGUGUGCUGACCUGCCGCAAUGCUAGCACCCCCUACUGGAGUGGCAAGGAACCACACUGCCUUGCUGCCUGUGGGGGUUUGAUCAGGAAUGUCACCGUCGGUCGGAUCGUCUCUCCUGGUUUUCCCAGUAACUACAGCAACAACCUGACCUGCCACUGGCUGCUGGAGGCCCCUGAGGGCCAGAGGCUGCACAUCCACUUUGAGAAGGUGGCGUUGGCUGAGGAUGAUGAUCGGCUGCUGAUCAGGAACGGUAACAGCAUAGAUGCUGCUGCCUUGUAUGAUUCAUAUGAAGUGGAGUAUCUGCCCAACGAAGGUCUACUCAGCACCUCCAGACAUCUCUUCAUUGAGCUGACAACAGACGCUACAGGCACAUCCACUGGCAUGGCCAUCAGGUACCAAGCCUUUGCAGGAGGCCACUGCUACGAGCCCUUUGUGAAGUACGGUAACCUGACCAGUAGCGACAACACGUGGGCAGUGGGAGCUGUGGUAGAGUUUGCCUGUGACCCUGGCUAUACUCUGGAACAAGGAUCAGUCACCAUUGAAUGCAUGGACCCCAACAAUCCACAGUGGAAUGAGACUGAACCUGCCUGCAGAGCUGUGUGCAGUGGCGAAAUCACAGACUCAGCUGGAGUGGUACUCUCUCCUAACUGGCCUGAAGCAUAUGAUAAAGGCCAGGACUGUAUCUGGGGAAUCCACGUGGAGGAGGACAAGAGGAUCAUGCUGGACAUUCAAGUGUUAAACAUUGGGAAGAAUGAUCUGUUGACCUUCUAUGAUGGCGAUGACCUUACAGCCAAAGUGCUGGGUCAGUAUGGAGGAUCAAAGUCCCGCUUCAAGCUCUACACCUCCUCUGCAGACGUCACCAUCCAGUUCCAGUCUGACCCUGCCACCAAUGUCUACGGCUAUGGCAAUGGCUUCAUCAUCCACUUUUUUGAAGUAGCUCGUAAUGACACCUGCCCUGAGCUUCCAGAGAUCUCUAAUGGCUGGAAGAGCACAUCUCACCCUGAGCUGGUUCAGGGCACGGUGGUGACCUACCAGUGUUACCCAGGUUACCAAGUGGUCGGGGCCGAGCUGCUCAUGUGCCAAUGGGACCUCACCUGGAGUGGAGACCUUCCAAGCUGUGAGAGAGUGGUGUCUUGUGCUGACCCUGGGAAGGUGGAGCACAGCAGGCGGGUGCUCUCAGGUCCUCAUUUCAAUGCGGGUUCAACCAUCCAGUACAUUUGCAACAAGGGCUUUACUCUGUCUGGGAACAGCCUUCUGACCUGCUACAACCGAGGAUCCUCAGGCCCUAAGUGGAACCAGAAGCUGCCCAGAUGUCUGCCUGAGACCUUUGAGCCCUGCAGUCACCCAGGAACCCCCACCUAUGGGAUACCCAGCUCCAACAAGCUCCACUUUCAGGCUGGGGAGACCCUCCACUACUCCUGCCUGACCGGCCACCAGCUGCUGGGUGAGCCUGUUCUCCACUGUGUCCCUGGACACCCAUCCCAGUGGAGUGGCCUGCCACCUGUCUGCAAAGCUCACACUGCAGAGAAUGAUGAGCACAGAUUAGAUGCAUCUACAGCAAACCUCAGAAUGGAGGGGGCCCAAGUAGCAUUUGCUGUCUUCAUCCCUGUCAUCCUCCUCCUCAUCCUCAUCAUUGGGAUCCACCUCUACUUCUCAAAGGUUCAGAGGAAGCCACUACGGCUCCCCCUGUCCUCCAAUUUACCAUAUGAAAACAUCACUGGAGAAUCUACUUUUGACAGCUCUGUGUAUGAGACAACGAACAAUGAGGAAACGAGAGAAUAUGAGGUUUCGAUCUGAGGACACUAGUGUGUGUGUGUUUCAGUAUGGACAGAUAAUAAGCCUGCAGGCCUUUUCAACGUCCGUCGCACUCACGCCUCUGGUGACUCCCUUGGGUUUCUGACGCCUCCACCCUGUUCUCUGUACACUGAAUAUGAGCCUCCCAUUAUUUACCCAACAGAGGACACCACAUCAUCCCUGGAAAGGCUGGGCCACCGGAUUAUUUUUCUAACUCUUCAACAGUAACGGUCCAGCAGCAGUUUGUACAGUUUUUAAUCCUGUGCUCGCAUCCUGAGGACUUUCAGCACAAAGUAACAUCACAGAAAGCACAGGGAAUCAAUGCGAAGCUAGUGCCAUUAAGUGCAUAUAACCACAGAUAUUAUGUUGUGUUAUGUACAUUAUACACUAUACAGUAUGUCUUCUCCCACCACUUAAAGAACAGUGCUCAUGGAUUUAUGGGAUGUGUAUGAAGAGUAAGAUCUUACGAUUUAAAUGUCACAAAAAACAACAGGACGUAGUAUUUGAGUUGAGUAAGCCCAAAAAUGUUCUUUGCAUCAGUGUAACAUUCUAAGAUAAGAAAUCAGAAUGUGCCUUAAAUAAAAGGCGCUUAAAGA